GCUCAUGGGGACCCUCGCUCUAUUAAUCGGUAGUCGUAUACUCGGACCCCGUGGUAUCGCGGCAUUUGUGAUUUCCGGUAGUUCACGCGGGACACGCCUCCUAGCGGCUGUUUACAUAUGCAAAUCAUCAACCAGGAAGUCUUCGCCUCGUAAACAAUUGCAAUUUCUGCAGAAUGUUCCGUCUACUGGAUAGCAAGACUGUUAAAGUAAGGAGGCAACUAACUUUUCAGCAGCCUAAGACAGUUAAAGUUAGAUGCCAGUAUGAUGCUGCCAAUUUGCAGCGUGCAUUUGAUGCCACUCGCGAUGGAAUUUCAGUAUAUAGUGCAUCUCGUUUCUAUACAGUUCCGGAGUCAACUCUUCGAGACAGAACAAGGGGUAAUGUUCCUGUCCAUGCUAAGACCGGUGGAGAGACGCUUUUGUCUGACAAAGAGGAGCAACAGUUAGUCACUCACAUAAAGUUCAUGUCCAGCAUAGGAUAUGGCUAUACAAAGCUCAAUGUCCAAUACCAGGCAGCCGAUUUUGCAGUGACAUGUGGCAGAAGAGUGAUAGACCUCUUAGUGACAACUGGUUUUAUGGGUUUCUAAGGCGAUGGCCCGACGUUAAACUUGCCAAACCCCAGAAGCUAUCCAUGCUGAGAGCACAAUAUGCCUCCCGCGAAGAACUGCGUUCCUACUUUAAGGAGCUGGCCACUAUUUUGACAUUUAAUGAACUGAGAGAGAAUCCAGAAAGGAUCUACGACAUGGAUGAGACUGGGAUCAGUACUGAGCAUGCCCCUCCUAAGAUCGUCUGUGACUCCACUUCCCAACCACAAGCAGUAACAUCGCCAAGAUCUUCCACAGUUACCAUUAUCGGUGGUGGUAAUGCCAUUGGUAACCACAUUCCUCCUUACUUUUUUUUCCCUGGCAAGAGGUGGAAUGAUCAGUUCCUGGAUGGAGCGCCACCUGGAUCUUCUGGAGAAAUGUCAGACAGUGGAUGGUCUAAUGCAAAGAUAUUUCAGAAUUAUCUCACAAAGCACUUUGUGAAGCAUGCAGGGAUAAGCACAGAUCCGAUGCCACCGAAAACACUAGUUCUCUUUGAUGGCCAUAGAUCACAUGUGUCUUUAACUCUAGUUGAAUGGGCCAAGAAGCACAACGUCAUUUUGUUUGUCCUGCCACCACAUACCAGUCAUAUCACCCAGCCUCUGGAUGUUGCAGUGUUUGGGCCCUUUAAAUCUAUGUACAGCAGGGAAUGUCAGUUGUAUCUUCAACGGAAUCCAGGUGUGAAAAUCACCAAAUACGAGGUUGCCAAGCUCACAGCCAAACCAUAUUUGAGGGCAAUGUCUCCAGAUAAUUUGGCGUCAGCUUUCCGGAAAUCUGGGAUUUAUCUUUUUUCCAACAAGACUAUUGAGGAUCUGUCCGUAGCACCUGCAACUAUAUAUCCUCACUCAGACACAGGAAAUCAGGAAAAUGAAGCACCUCCGGAUGCUCCACCUUUGGAAUCCACACAUGAAACCCCAGGUAGCCGUUCAGAUGUUAUACCACCAGUUCAGGUUCCUUCAGCUUCCAGUACAAGCCAGUUUCUUCAAGAGAGGAGGAUCACAAAAGUCUUCUGUAAACCUAAGAAAAAAUUUGUGCCACCGUUUCUGACUGGAAAUCUUCUGAAGCAAAAAAAUGUUGAAAUUAUGCAGUCCUCAAGAAGCACAAAAAAGCUACAGAAUCAAACAAUCAUUCCAGCAAAAAGUACACAUUUGAAGAGAUCUGCUACUACUUCGACUAAACGCGCUGCCUGUGUCAAGCACUCCAAACCUACAAGUCCUCAGCCAGGUCUAUCUUCAUUUUGGGUAAACAGUUCUGACUCAGAACAAGAUUCAUCUCCUGAUGUGUCUGAUGAUGAUUCAGAGAACUGCUGUGUUUGUGGCAAGCACACCCCACCAGGACUAAGGUCGUGCCCUUAUCUGGUGAUUGUCAAGUGGGCUUACAUUUGUAAGGCGUCAUGGUGAAUUCCAGUGCCCCCACUGUGUUUAAACUGUUUCCUUGGUGACUAUUUAACUGUUAACCUAUUUACUCCAUUGUUCUAGAUUUUGAGAAAUUUCGGGACUACUGAACUUUUUAUGCAUUUUCUUCCUUUAUGCUGUCUUUGCAUUUGUCUGGAUGAAUCACGAAGUCUGGCAUCAUCAUACUUUGUGGCAGGUAAAAAUUUGUCAUAUUUUUGUCUGAUUUGGGCCUCCAUACACAACUUUUCCCUUUACCACGAUACGAUGGAGUUCUCUCCCUUGUCAAACCGAGCGCGAGGCCCGGCUUUUACUCGGCGCUACGAAUGGAAAUAAUGAACUUUUAUCAGUAAAAUGUGCAUUGUUUGAUAAAAUGAAUGACGUAUGAUACAGAGAACACAAAUAAUCAAAAAGGUUGGUGAGGGCAUUUUGUUCCGUUCAGCGUACAUGACAAGUACCGCGAUACCCCGAGGUUGCAGGCUACAUUGUAAAUGGAUACAGCUCGAUUAUAUCAUGUCUGUAGAAGCUCUAUGCAUAACUUAAACCGAAUUUGAUGCGGGUAACUAUUUUGUUUGGUUAGUGUUUGUAAAUAUCUCUCGUUCUCAUUAAUGUCUUCAGUUCUGCGUUGUAGUUUCAAAAUGAAUGACGUCUCGCGAUUUUUUAUGAAUGAAGAAAGUAGUCCCGGUGUGACAGAAGUCCAAUUAAAACGCACACUCCGGCGCAGUGGUGACUCAGCAUA